UGGGAGACGGGCGCGCAGGCGCAUGGGCUCCGGCGGAGCAGACAACAUGGCGGCAAACGGGGAAGCAUGAGUUAUCUCAUUCAAAAGCAGCGAAAUGGCUAGCAACAGUAUAAAGUACAUCUUUGGGGAGUUCAGCCCUGAUGAAUUCAAUCAGUUCUUUGUCACAUCACGUAGCUCUGUUGAGCUUCCCCCAUUUAAUGAUAAAGUCUUGCAUGUCAGUCAGACAGUAGGAGAUGGAAAUGAUUCGGACACUGAAGAAAAUGAGUCGGAACCGCCUGGGUUGCAGGGCAAUAUUUACAAAGUUUCCAGUACUCUAAAUCCACAGGCACCGGAAUUUAUAUUGGGUUAUCAACCUGCACAGAAAUCCCUCAAUAACUUGUCGGAUGAAGCUGCCUAUAGCUCCAUUGACUGCCAAUUUGGGGAGGGUAAUAUUUCUCUGGACAGUGGCAAUUGCCAGGGAAAUGAUGAUCUCGUCUACCGUGGGCAAGGCCCAAGGGAAAGAAGGAACAAGAAGAAAAGACCACCUGGUUAUUAUCGCUAUCAGGAAGGUGCAAGUGAUGCUGGUGGUCCUGCUGAAACUUUGGGCCUUGUUAAUGGACAUGUGUUAAACUCAGGGCUAAAUGCAAUAAGCCCAGAAGAGGUUGAUUUACUUGGCCCAAAAGAGAUUGCUGAAUCUCAUGGAACUAUUUCUUCAAAAGCAAAUCAGAGGACUUGUGAUAGCCCUGAAAAUGAUGCGGACUUCAUUAGUGGAGCCUUCUGUAAUGAUACAGUCUCUAGUACACUAGAUGAGGCCAGGACUGCUGAGCAGCCUGGAUUUAAGCUGGAGGCAAACAAUGAGGCUAUUAUUGAGGUUAAUUCCACUGAACAGCCCGAUCUCUCUGAGACUGGAAGGAAUAGCCCAGUAAGGACAGCUAUUGCACAAUCCUAUGCAGGCACAGACAUUACUGUGGAUGUUAAAAAUGACAGUGGACAAACACUGGAAUAUUCUGGUGAUAGUGCUAUAGCACAUCCUAGUACUGAUGGGGAAGGAUUGCAAACUGAUAGCACAGAAUGCGAGCAGGAGAAACCAGAGGAUGUAUUUGCAGCCGAGCCAGAGCAGACAGUUUUAGCUCCUCCUACUGCUUCUGCUCCUUUGCCAGCCAAAUCCUGGGCUAGUCUCUUCCACAAUUCAAAGCCCUCUUCAGGACCUGUGGCCUAUGUUGAGGCAAAAUUCACACCAGCCAAUGCUUCUGUUCAAUUACCUGAGAAACAACCGGAAAUAAGAAUGGAUGUGCCUGUUCCAGUGUCUGAGGAUUCUGCAGCCCAACAGAUAGCUGAACUGCUGGAAAGUGUGAAAUUGGUUCACAAACCAGUGUCUUUGCAACCUCGAGGCCUGAUCAACAAAAGCAAUUGGUGCUACAUCAAUGCUACUCUGCAAGCUUUGGUUGCUUGCCCACCCAUGUAUCAUCUGAUGAAGUCUAUUCCGAUAUAUAGUGAGACGCAGAGACCUCGCAGUUCUACACCAAUGCUUGAUAGUUUUGUUCGACUGAUGAAUGAGUUUAGUACAAUGCCAGUACCUUCCAAGCCAAAACCAGGUACUGGUGAUAAAACUGUUAAAGAUAUUCGCACUGGAAUUCCUUUCGAACCAACCUACAUUUAUAGAGUGCUGACGGUUAUCAAGUCAAGUUUAUCUGAAAAAGGUAGGCAAGAGGAUGCAGAAGAAUAUCUGGGUUUCAUUUUAAAUGGUCUUCAUGAAGAAAUGUUGGCGCUGAAAAAACUGAUUACUCCUCAGGAUGAAAGAAAUGUUGUUUCAAAUGGACCUGAUUUGCAACAAGGAGUUGAAGAAGACUUGGAGGAGCAAAGUGAAGGCAGUGAGGAUGAAUGGGAACAAGUAGGACCCCGAAAUAAAACAUCUGUUACUCGGCAGUCUGACUUCAUUCGAACCCCUAUCACUGAUGUCUUUGGUGGGCACAUCAGAUCUGUGGUUUACCAGCAAAGCUCCAAGGAAUCUGCAACCCUCCAGCUGUUCUUCUCACUGCAACUUGAUAUACAGUCUGAAAAGAUUCGCACAGUGCAGGAUGCUCUGGAAAGCUUGGUGGCCAGGGAGUCAGUCCAGGGAUACACCACUAAAACCAAACAGGAGGUUGAAAUUUGUCGUCGUGUUACCUUAGAAGAAUUGCCACCUGUUCUUGUCUUGCAUCUUAAACGUUUCAUUUAUGAAAAGACUGGAGGAUGCCAGAAAUUGAUCAAGAAUAUUGAUUACCCCAUUGACCUUGAAAUAAGCAAGGAUCUCCUUUCUCCUGGUGUGAAGGGUAAGAUUUUCAAAGUCCAACGAACCUAUAGACUCUUUGCAGUUGUCUAUCACCAUGGAAACAGUGCAACUGGUGGACAUUACACUACAGAUGUCUUCCAUAUUGGUCUUAAUGGCUGGCUGCGCAUUGAUGACCAGAUAGUGAAAGUGAUAAAUCAAUACCAUGUUGUGAAGCCCUCUGCUGAACGUACAGCAUACCUCCUGUACUAUCGCCGAGUUGAUCUGCUGUGAACUGUCACUGUACUGUUGCUCUAGCAUCUCACCCUUCAGAGCACCAACUGUCAGAUAAAUCCUUCCCUCCCUCAUUACAAUUUUUCAAAUCCACUCUCAGUAACUUCAGAUUAAAGUUUAAAUGGGGAAAAACCUGGGGACGUGCACCAGCAGCAAAUCUUGUAGAUUUACGUCUAUGUGACAUCUUUCAUAACAUUUUAACUUCAUACAAAUCAGUUGCUAAUAUUUUUGCUUUUGAUAAUAGGUAACACUUGAGCCCAUGGUUUUGGGGGAGGGAUAAGUGUUCCAUUGUACUGAAUGCUUUGGUGUUUUAAUGAGAAAAACUUGCGUGUGUGAUUACUGGGUGUUGAGCAGCAGUAGAAUGCUGACAGUUUUUAAAAAAAAAGCUUAAUGAAAAUGCUUAAAACUGCACGUUACAAAAUAACAUGCAAAUCCACAUUUGAGGUUGAAAUAUUGAGACUGUGUAGAUGGGUGAUUGUAACCUUAAUGCAGCUACUAAGACUUCUGAUUGCAAUUAUGCUUCUGUGUACACAAUUGAAACUUGAUAUAAAAAGAAAAGAUGAUUGAUCUAAUUCCAUUAAUGGUUCAGUCUGGCUUUGUUUACUUUGUGGUUUUGCUCUUCUCUCAUUGUUGAAAUGGAGCUGUAAACAAUUUAGUGAUAUUUAGAGAAAAUUGAGUUUAUCACUCAUCAGUUAAUAAAUUCAUUUCAAGCUCUUUGAAUAACUGUUUGGGCGUGAAUUGGAUGCAAGAUCACAAUGGUGCAAAGAAAGUUGACUUGAACAGUCUGUUUCAGCUUUCCCAGUAUUGGUACCAGAAAAUGGUUAAAAAAAAUUUAAAACCCUCUGCAGUUCUAGAAUUUCAAGAUAGUUACCCAUUCAAAACAUUUAGACAAAUCACCUUUUGAUAUUGUUUACGCAACCUUAAUCGGACUGUAACUAAAACUUCCCUGUGAAAUUUCACUGUAAUUAAAUGCUUUUUUGCUAAUUAUAACAUUCUUACAAACUUGCAGUUAACUGACAACUCAUUCCACUAUUGAUUGCCACACAGCCAUUUUCGAGAUCUUGCCAACUUAUUCCCAUACCAGUGGAAUUGGUUGCUUGUUUGGGUCAAUUAAAUGUUACCACCUGUCCAAUAAGCUAGUAGUAAUCUCAUCAAAAGUCCUCAUCAUUGCCAUACUUUUGUCAGCUAACAGUUUGAAUUAAAGUGCACCUGAAUUUUAAUGAACUGAGUUCUCACUACUGCCGUAAGAAAUGUGUCUCAACUCAUUAGGCUGUGGCAAAUGUUUUUAGUUAUUGGUUUGAGGAUACCGGUUUCUGUUGGGAUGGAGGGUAGCUGGUGCUGGGGACUUAGUCUCUGUUUUUUAAAAACUUCUUUCCAUGUUUGGUUGCCAGGGAUUGAUAGACAGCUAUCUGCAAUUUUUGCUUGAUGAUCUGUUUAGUUCAUGCAUUCAAAGACUUAUUUUCCCAAUCUUUUUAAUCCUUAACUUGUGCAUUCCCUAAUUAAAGACUUUCCCCAGUACCUUUUUAAGUUCUUUCUUAAAUGACCAAACAUGGCUGACAUUUUAAUGUGAGAUAUUUUCAGAGCUUUUUAAGAACUAUACAUACGUGGUAACCAAAUGAUUUGCUUUUAGAUUCUGUGAACUUGAUCUUGAGUUAAUUUGUUGUCUUGCAGAUGAAACUACCUUGAAUAAAAGUCUAUUACUAUGAAA